AUGAAUCGGGUGCACUGCGUCGUCAGGCACGUGCGAACAAGUGCUCGAACAAACGGAUGGGUGCACAAGUGGUCGCGGUUCAAGCGAUGGCAGGAGAUGCAAGCAGCGCAUGUAAGAAAUAUAAAAAAUUAAUUUAAAACCUCAUUAUUUACAGGCAGAGCAUGUCCAGGAGAAGCAGAGAAAUCAGAACUUUAUCAAAUUGCCCACAGGCCUUUACAUCACCCCAGAAAGACCCGACGAUCGUGAGUUUCCCGAAAAAUGUUGAGAAAAGUGGUAAAACUUUGCAGUUUCUCCCAAAAAAGCGCCGGCAGACAUGACCCGCAAGGACACGGGACAGUUGCCGAUGGAGCUGCUGACGUGGCACACUCAAAUGCGCUACGUGGAUCACUCGAUUGACAACGUCAAAAGAUACAGACGCUACAAGAAAUUCCAGCACAUGCAGUACGAUCAAAGGUGAGCAUUUCUACGCAAAUUCGAAUUCCUCUGGAAACUGCUGAGCUUUCAGAGUAAUUCCGGAGCGCUUGUUGUUUUUGGGUCCCGAUUUGGCGGCCGCCCAUUUUUUGGUGCAUCGCGGAGCAGCCGUGAAGUUUGUAGGCGAUGAUAGUUGGUACAAAAAGGAUAAGUAUAAUGUGAGUACCGGUAGAGCGCAGCACUUGCCUAUCCCGAAAUUCGAAAAUUACAGAGCUACAGUCUUCCGGGCCGAAAAGUGGACAAUCUGCACAUUGAGGCAAUCGACGCCUCCGGAACGCAGCUAAUGUUCGAAGGAUUAGAAAACCUGGAAGGACUCGAACAUUUGCGUCUUCUGAGAGUCGCCAAUUGUGAAUAUAUUGACGAUUGGAGUGUAGGAAGGAUCGGAGGACUUCUGCCGAAUCUCGAAAUGCUCGAUCUGUCCGGUUGUCAUAGAAUAUCGGCCAAAGGAUUGAUGGGCUUGAAGAUGUCGAAGAAGUUGAAGUAUUUGAGAUUGGAAGGAUUGGAUUCUAAAGAUAUCGGCAAAGCUUCUUUGCUGCUCGAGGACACUCUUCCGAGCUUAAAAGUGCUCGGAGUGGACUACGAGCAGGCGUUCCGGCAGGUGGAGGCGGAGACGCGACUUCUGGAGAACGAGAACGUCGUCCAGGAUGCUCGGGGGAACGCGUUCGUCGAAGAUGAGAACUCGCGGCUGUUUCUGGUGAUGUCGACGUCUUCCGACGAGAAAGCAGUCACCGACGACCUGGAUAAUCCGAUUAUGACAUCGACGAUCCGGCGCGAAAUCCCGAAGAUGUCGGACGAAGAAUUCGAGAGAGUGAACGCGCUGAGCGGGGGAAAAUUGCGCCAUUUGUUGGUCGGAUCUCCCAGUGGAUACGAGUGGAAUGAGACGGUAUGAUGAAUUUUAUGCAAAAUCAGCAUCGACUUUGGCAGCUGUGUCUAAACUAUUCCAUUUUCCAGACGGAAAAAAUUUUGGAGCACGAAGCGAAACUGAAUCUCGCGGACGGCAUCGUCACGGACCCGAAAAUGCUCCCCCGAGCUGAACGACCACUUUUCGAGCUGGAAACGCCGCAAAGUCAGCUGGAAGAGGCGAAAAAGAAGUUUUUGAGGGAAUUCGGAGCGGAAGAGGAAGAAGAAGAACAAGAGGAAAACCCUAAAAAAGAGCUGAAAAGCCAUUGA